CAAUCAAUAAUGACAAACAAGACAUUGGUUGCCUCUUUGGACCAAGAUAAGAUUAUCAAACAUCUUGAGCAUUGGAUCAAGCAUCAGAUCAAUGCUUUGACGAUUCCAGUCAUUGGUAUCACUAUAACUAAUGCAGAGAAGACUCUUUAUGCCAAUAUUAUCCAUCAUGAACAUCUUCUUACACCAGUGCCAUCAUUAACAAGAUCAUUGUUCAAUGUUGCCUCUGUCAGCAAACUGUUCACCUACGUCGCUUUGUUACAACUCGUGGAUAGUGGCAAGGUGAAGUUGGAGGACCCUGUCACCAAGCACAUACCAAAGUUCGCACCAACCAAUCCUGAUGAGUGCCCAGCUGGCUCGCCACCUCUAUAUCCCAACAUCACUCUGUUCAAUCUGAUCAGACAUACCUCAGGCUUGAUCCGUGAGCCAAUUGAAGGCAACUACUUCAACCCAAUCCAAUGUGACCUCAACAAGCUCGUCGAGUCCAUGUGCACCAGCAAGCUUGUCAACAGUCCAGGCAUCAUCCACAAGUACUCAAAUGCAGCGGUCGCGGUUGCUGGAUACAUUGUUCAAGUGGUCUCAGGCAUGUCUUUCGAGGACUAUGUAGAGAAGAACAUAUUGGAUCCAAUUGGAAUGAGUCAUUGUACUUUCCAGGACAAGUGGAACAACACUCGUUACAAGGAUGAGGACGAGAUGAGAUUGGCAGUUGGUCAUAUGUGGCGCUAUUGGGAUGAGUUUAGAAACACUAAUGUCUUCUCUGAAGCACCACUGACUCGGUUUGGAAUGUUCCCAGCUGGUGGACUGAAGUGUACGAUCGAGGAGAUAUCUGCCUUCCUCCGUGUGUUCCUAAAUGGUGGUGCACCAUUGCUUAAGGAUUCGACUUUCAUCCAGAUGGUCACGCCACAGCCUCUGGCCCAACCUACCUAUGACCUGCGCAAGGACUAUAAUCACACUCAGAGUGAUCUCACUCAUGGUCUCGGCGUGGAGAUCAGUCAGGUCUAUGGACUGAUGAUGGCUCGCCAUGGAGGUGCCAUCAAUGGAUUUGCAAGCGAGUUCAGGACAUUACCAGCACUCGGCAUUGGCAUCUACACUGUCUGUACACUGGACUGCAUCAACUCGGUCUCCAACCAGGUCGCAGAGUAUGCAAUACAGUUGAUCCUCAACUAUAUGAUUGAGCAUGGUCAGCUUGGUGACUUGACCAUUGACCUUGCUGCGCUGGCGGCAGCCACCGACCACUACCGCUCGCUAGCCAAGGCUGAGCAUCUGCCUGUAAUGCUGCGCAAUCAGGUACUUGGUGUGUACCACUUCAACAACUACAACAAGGACAUGGAUACUCAUCGAUUCAGGAUCUACCAGGAGUACAACACCAAGACAUACAUUCGCUCUCACUUUAUCAACAGUAUCGACUGGAUCCGUCCAAGUCAUUGCUCGCAGAUCUUCAAGAAUGGCGUGAUGAUCAUCAAUGAUCGUCUGUCCUUUGGUCAGCCAUUGGAAGUCUCUACCUCAGCAGAUGGCAAAGAUACUGCUGUUGGAAUGUUUGAGCGCCAGAAGGAGCUAUCCGACAACAACCUAUUCUUCCAACCAUACAUCCCAUUGCCAGAGGUGACCAAGCCACCUGAACCAGCACCAAAGUUCCUUCAGGCACUCGUAGGACAUUAUGAGACCAAGGACCAGCUCGCACUUAUUUUUGAAGAGGAUGGAUCAUUGAUGCUCUGCAUCGAAUGGUUGUUCAUCUACACUCUCAACUUCCUCGAGAAGCGUGAAGCUGAUCGCACGGUAGUGUUCAAGCUGAACAGGGACACGAUGUACAAUGAUGAGAAGGUCAUUUUCUUCUUGGAUGCCAGUGAGCGACCGAUCAGAUUAGAGUUGGUUGGCAUUCCAUUCAUAUGGACGAGGAUUGGACCGGCACCAGGUGAGCGCCAACCAGGUGUGGGCACGAUCGAGCUGGCACAGGAGAUGUUGGAGAUAUCGUACACUGUACCAUGCCCUCAUCCAGAGGUGCCUCUGAACGAGCACAACUUGGUCGACCUGUCUACCAUCUCCCCGACCAUCAAGAUCGACUGCAAGUAUGCCUCGACCGACAACUUCUUGUACAUCCAGCUGUACAAGAUACCAAAGGCGUUCCUCCACAGGAAGGCAGCAGAGUCGUUGUUGCAGGUACACAAAUGGCUGCAUAAAUGGGGAGUUGGCCUGCUGAUCUACGAUGCAUACAGGCCUUGGAAUGUCACCUGGACCAUGGCAGAGAGUGUGAUACCCGAGUUCAGAGGCAAGUAUGUUGCUGAUCCAAACCUUGGCUCUGUGCACAACAGAGGAGGUGCAGUCGACCUCACACUCUAUGAGUUGGAUACUGGUGCGGCGAUACCAAUGCAGGGCGAGUACGACGAGUUGUCGAUCAGAUCACAUCGAUCAUUCUUUGGAGGAACGACCAGACAGCGUUGGUUCAAGAAGUUGUUGACCGUUGCCAUGAUGAACUUUGGCUUCAGACCCUAUGAGAACGAAUGGUGGCACUUUGACUACAAGGACAGCUUCCCAGUACUCAACAUACCAUUCGACAAGUUG